GUUAGCUGCCCGUUACCGCUGACCCAACUCCCUCCAAUCCACAUUUAGGAAAGAACUUGACGAAAAAUCCGCCAUUAUCAACCUUUCCCGGUUUCCUUCUGAAGAAAUCCCAACCAAUUCAUUCUCCUCCAAGACCUUGCAGAGAUCGGGGAAGGGAUGUCUCGAUCUCAAAGCUCCAGAUCUCUGCAAUUCCUCUCCUUCCUUUUCUCUCUUUCUCUCCAUUCUCUUUCAGUGUUGGCAGAUGAGCAUUCAAGUGCUGAAAAUGGUGAUGGUAAAGCUAAAAAGGGCGAUGGUUGGAGGAGCCGAUCGAUGGGGAUCAAGAUAGUACUCAUAUGUCUAGGAGUGGUAACUGUGAUUGCCUUUUCUGUGAUUCUAUGCAAGAUAUGGCAAAGGAAGAAAAGAGAAGAACAACAUGCCCGUCUUCUCAAGCUGUUUGAAGAUGAUGAUGAACUCGAACUCGAACUCGGCCUUCGAGAUUGAGCUCCACGAUACUCAUCCGUCCAUUCUCAAUGUUCGACUAACUAAGAGGAGGUGCACAUUGUUGAUUCCUUUGCCUUUUGUUUAAUGAUGUAUACAAGCUUUUUGAUCUUAUCCUAUUUUGUUUCUGGAUGAGCUGAGCUCGUUAAAUCAUAGCAAAUUUUUUCGUGUCAACUAGUUUUGAAUAAGUUGUUUCUCCUUCAAUCUUUCAUGAUAUCUGAGGCAUGUCUCAAAUAUCAGUCAUUGUUUAGUGAAUUGGUUCCAUUGGUAAAUACAUGUUCAAUUUUUCUA